UGGGGUCAAAGUCUUGCUUGCAAAAUACGACGAAUUGUGUUACUGUGUUAUCCAGUUUGGUACAUUUACGUUUACACGCAUGCGUAUUCACCGCCGGCUGCAUCCACAUAUUCACUUCUACUUUACGUCUGUACGGCUUGUACGUCUGUACGAUACAGUGGUUCCAUGAGCAGAUUUUAAUAUCUUUACGGGCGUGUGCAUGCUGCAUUGUAAAACAUGUCACAAUACAGAUUAUUGAGUGUUGUUGCGAGUUUCUCGCACAUUAAUAAAAAUAUGGUAACGCGGACAGCACUGUAUAAUUCUAUGAGAAGUCUGUCUACCACGACAAAUACGAAGCACCUAAAAUACAAAGUCGUAGACAAUGUAGCAGUACUUACUCUGGACUCCCCAGGAGUCAAGGUAAACACUUUGGGCAAAGAAGUUAUGGAAGAAGUAGUAACUCUCCUGAAAGAUAUAGAAGCAGAUUCCUCUGUGAGAUCAGCAGUACUUAUAAGUGGGAAACCUGGAUGCUUUAUUGCUGGUGCUGAUAUUACUAUGAUACAACAGUGUAAGACUGCAGAAGACGGCUACAAGAUAUCUUAUGAAGGUCAACAGAUUUUAAACAGUAUUGAAAAGAGUUCGAAACCUAUUGUAGCUGCCAUUCAAGGCAGUUGUUUAGGAGGUGGAUUGGAGGUUGCAAUGGCUUGUCAUUAUAGACUUGCUGUGAAUGAUCAAAAGACUAGUUUGGGUUUACCAGAAGUAAUGUUAGGUCUUCUGCCUGGAGGAGGUGGCACGCAAAGAUUACCCAAAUUGUCAUCGAUUCCCAAUGCCUUAGAUAUGGCUCUCACUGGAAAAACUGUAAAAGCACAAAAAGCUAAGCAACUAGGCAUCGUAGAUCUCCUAGUGAACCGCCUGGGUCCUGGCAAUGGACCAGCGGAAGAGAAUACUAUGAGGUAUUUAGAAGAGACAGCUAUCAAAGCUGCAAAAGAUAUUGCAAAUGGUACUUUAAAAGUCGAGCGAGGUCCGAGAUCGCUGUCUGAUAAACUUAUGAAUUAUGCCUUCUCCUUCGAAUUUAUAAAGAACCAAGUGUUCACUCGGGCGAAGAACGAAGUAGUGAAGAAAACGGGUGGCUUAUACCCUGCUCCUCUUAAAAUCUUGGAGGUAAUACGUACUGGCUUGGAUAAGGGACCUAAAGCUGGGUACGAAGCAGAAGCAAAAGGUUUUGGUGAACUGGCAGUCACGCCUGAAUGUAAAGGUCUCGCGAGUUUGUUCUUUGGUCAGACAGCGUGUAAGAGAAAUCGUUUUGGCACACCGAAGAGUGCGGUUAAAAAAAUUGCUGUUGUGGGUGCUGGCCUCAUGGGGGCAGGUAUAGUUCAAGUGAGCGUAGAUAAAGGUUUCGAAGUAGUUAUGAAAGAUACGAACCAAGCCGGUCUAUACCGUGGUCUGGGCCAAAUACAAAAGGCCAUGGACACUGCCGUGAAACGGAAGAAGUAUUCUCUGCUUCAGAGAGACAGAUUUCUUUCUCAGCUCGAUUACACUUUAGAUUAUAAUUCCUUUAAAAACGCAGAUAUCGUGAUAGAGGCUGUUUUCGAGGAUAUCGCUAUUAAACACAGAGUUAUCAAGGAAAUAGAGGCGAACACACCAGAGUACUGUGUACUCGCAACGAAUACAUCAGCGAUUCCUAUCACUGAUAUAGCCGCUGGUAGCAGCCGUCCCGACAAGGUGAUCGGAAUGCAUUACUUCUCUCCGGUAGAUAAAAUGCAAUUAUUAGAAAUAAUAACGCAUAAAGGUACAGCGGCCGAAACUAUAAAAACUGCAGUCGACGUUGGCUUGAAACAAGGGAAGACGGUCAUCACCGUAGGAGAUGGACCCGGUUUUUACACAACGAGAAUCCUAUCUGCUAUGUUAUCUGAAGCUAUCAGAUUGAUGCAGGAAGGAGUAGAUCCCAUGGAUCUGGAUAGUCUCACUAAAAAGUUUGGAUUCCCUGUUGGGGCUGCAACUUUAUCAGACGAAGUUGGUAUUGAUGUCGGUGCUCACAUAAGCGCACAUCUCGUAAAAGCUUUAGGCGACCGAUUCAGAGGUGGAGAUGUAAAUAUACUCGGCGAUAUGGUAAAAGAUGGUUUCUUAGGACGAAAAUCAGGCAAAGGAAUAUACGUAUACGAAGUCAAUACGAAGAACAGAAAUGUUAAUCAUGGAGCACUGGACAUUUUGAAAAGAUACAAAAUCGAACCGAAGGGAAGUACGUCCACCGAAGAUCGUCAACUGAGGAUGGUGUCCCGUUUUGUUAAUGAAGCGGUACUCUGUUUAGAAGAGAAUAUUUUGGCUAAUCCGUUGGAAGGCGACGUAGGAGCUGUUUUCGGAUUAGGAUUCCCUCCAUUCACCGGCGGACCUUUCCGUUGGGUGGAUUCCUACGGAGCCCAUAAAUUAGUGAAUAAAAUGGAAGAAUUCCGUGGCCAUUACGGCGAUGCAUUUAAACCGGCUCAGACUCUGUAUGAUAUGGCAUCUGAUUCCAGCAAGAAGUUCCACAAGCAGUAGAAGCUUGCAACAUUGAGAGUUUUAUAGACUUGCAUAAUUUGCUUGAGCGCGUUUGCAAUAUUUGGGAAUAUAUUUUUUGAUAAUAAUAUAAAUAUAUUGAGAUUGUUUUUAA